CCGGGAGGAUCUUCACUGACAGGUCACAUGACUCUGGGACACACCGGAAGUGGGGCGUAUAGCGGGCGGCUGCUCGUUAGGUCCGGUACCGAUCAUGGCCUCCAUCCUAGAGGAAUACGAGAACUCCUUGUCCCGUGAGAGUUUCCCGAGCCAGAGCCGGGGCCCCGGGAUCCCUCUGUCCGGGUAUGUGAACGCUCGUCUGGAGAAGGAGACCCCCAUCUUCAAUAAGCAGAGGAUCGACUUCACCCCCCCGGAGAACAUCAACAGCCUGGUGGUGUGCAGCAGUCAGCUGUGCAUGAGCCUGGGGAAGGAGACCAUACUGAGGAUCGAUCUGGUGAAAGCCGACCAACCGAACCAAGUAGAACUGGGCCGGAAAGACGACUUUAAAGUGCACAAGUUGUUCCUGGACCCCACAGGCUCCCACCUUGUGAUUGCUCUGAACACCAGCGAAUGCCUGUACCUGAACCGGAACGCCCAGAAGGUUCGCCCUCUUUCCCGAUGGAAAGGUCACAUGAUCGAAAGCAUCGGCUGGAACAAGUUUCAGAAGAACGAUUCCACCACCGGACCUAUUCUAGUCGGCACCGCCCAGGGCCAAAUCUACGAGGCUGAAAUCUCGACCGCUGAAGGCGGCAUUUUCGGCACAAAUCCCGAUCAGUACUUCCGCUACCUUCACACCUUGGAAGAAGAGACCGGACCAGCCCCGGUCUGCUGUCUAGAAAUCAACUGCGGCUACGAGAACCGAUACUGCGUCAUUGCAACUACGCGAAAGAGACUCUUCCAGUUUGCUGCCAAGUUAACCGAAGGUGCAGAACAACAAGGAUUUGCCCCACUAUUUAACCAGACUAUGGACGAUCUCCCGAGCAUCCAAGAAUUCCCCGGUAACCUGGGUUAUAGUGAAAUUGCAUUUUACACCCAGAAGCUCCGCACCUACCCCAUGUCCUUUGCUUGGAUGAUGGGAAACGGAGUGCUUUAUGGCAAUUUGGACUUUACCCGUCCCGACUCAGUGUUGACCGACGUCCAAGUGUGGGAGUUCCCGUCCAGUGCCGACAAGCCCAUAUCCAUCGUCAUCACACAGUUCCAUUUCCUGCUCUUGCUGCCGGACCGGAUAAAGGCCAUUUGCACGCUGAACGGCCAGGUCGUGUUUGAAGACAUCUUCACCGAAAAGUUCGGCCCCUUGAAAAGGAUGGCGAAGGAUCCGGUUACUGGUCAGAUUUGGAUACACACAGAGAGGGCCGUCUUCAGGUACCACGUGGAACGCGAACCCAGAGACGUCUGGAAGAUGUACAUGAACAUGGGCAAAUUCGACUUGGCCAAAGAGUUCUGUAAGGAUCGUCCGGAGUGCAUGGAUAUGGUGCUGGCUAAGGAAGCCGAACAUUGGUUCCAGGUGAAGAAGUAUAAAGAAAGCGCCAAGUGCUACGCCCUCACCCAGAACUACUUUGAAGAAGUCGCCCUUAAGUUCAUCGAAGCCAAACAGGAAGAAGCACUUAUGGAGUUUCUCCUAAAAAAGUUAUCCAAUCUGAAAAACUCAGAGAAAAUCCAAGUCACCUUACUGACCACCUGGUUGACGGAGCUUUAUCUCAACCGCCUGGGGGUUCUGGAGAGCGAUUCCUCCAAGAGAAGCUUGUACCUCAAGACGCGGGAGGACUUUAGAGCUUUUCUCAGCAGCAAAAUCAAUAAGGAAUGCCUGAGCAAUAACCGGGCCUCCAUCUACGACCUCCUGGCCAGUCAUGGAGACACCGAGCACAUGGUUUACUUCGCGGUACUCAUGGAAGACUACGAGCGUGUGGUGUCUCAUCACUGCCAGAACGAUGACUACGAUGAGGCCCUCAACGUUCUGUCUAAGCACAAAGACAAAAACCUCUUCUACAAGUUCUCUCCCGUCCUGAUGCAGCAUAUCCCGAAAAAAGUGGUGGACGCUUGGGUCAAAAUGGGCAAAAAACUGGACCCCAAGAGCCUCAUCCCGGCCCUGGUGAACUACAAUCAGAGCGCCUGCACCCAGAUCAAUGAGGCCAUCCGCUACAUGGAGUUCUGUGUCUACGAGCUUAGGGAGACCGAGCAGGCUAUCCACAACUACCUGCUGUCCCUGUACGCUCAGUUCCUACCCGAUUCUCUCCUUUUAUACCUGGAAAAAGCUGGCACUAACCCCAACAGAAUUUAUUACGAUUUAAAAUACGCCCUGCGCCUGUGUGCGGAACACGAGCAUCAUCGCGCCUGCGUCCACGUCUACAAAGUGAUGGAGCUGUAUGAGGAAGCGGUGGACCUGGCGUUAAAGGUUGACGUGGAUCUGGCGAAGUCUUGCGCCGAUUUACCGGCCGAGGAUGAAGAGCUGCAGAAGAAGCUGUGGUUAAAAAUCGCCCGUCACGUGGUCCAAGAAGAGAAGGACGUGAAGAAGGCCAUGGUCUGCCUGUCCAGCUGUAAUCUCCUUAAGAUCGAGGAUAUCCUCCCCUUCUUCCCGGACUUCGUGACCAUUGACCACUUUAAGGAAGCCAUCUGCAGCUCCUUGCAAGCUUACAACCAGCACAUCGAGGAGCUCAAGCAGGAGAUGGAGGACGCCACGUUGAGCGCGAAGCGGAUCCGGGAAGACAUGCAGGAAAUGAGGAACAAGUAUGGCUCGGUGGAUCCUCAAGACAAGUGCUCGGCCUGCGACUUCCCCCUCCUCAACCGGCCCUUCUACCUCUUCCUCUGUAACCACAUGUUCCAUUACGAUUGCCUCAUGCAGACCACCGUCCCCAACCUCCCGCCGUAUCGGCAGCUGAAGCUGGAGGACCUGCAGAAGAAGCUGAUGACGGCCGCCCAGCCCUCCAAGAGCCGCUCGCACGCCAAGGAGGAGGACAGUAUAAGUCUGGGGAAGGGGCAGAAGAGCCGGGAGCAGAUUAAGGCGGACAUUGACGACAUUGUCGCGGCCGAGUGUCCUUUCUGUGGUGAACUGAUGAUCCGAUCGAUCGACAAACCCUUCAUAGACCCUCAGAGGUGGCGCCAUUGCUCAACAAGAGGCUGAGUCAGCGCGUUCCAUGUCCUAAGACGCCUCUGUCCGUGUCUGCGAGGCGGAUGCUGCACGGCCAUGUUUUCUUUACUUUUAUCUCAUAGCACAGGACAGGAAAAAUGUCAAGGAAUAUAAUCCUGCAGGGUCUUAUAGAUACUGCGGGUUCACUUUGAGGAUUUGUCCAUAAAUACUGUAUAAACAAUGGGGGUCUAUAAAAGCUUAUGAGGCUGCUUCCUUCUCUUCUUUGCGCCUCUCUAGACCAGUUUUUCCCAACCAGGGUGCCCCCAGCUGUUGCAAAACUACAACUCCCAGCAUGCCCGGACAGCCGAAGGAAACUCUUAAGAAACACUACUUUAGUAGAUUUUAGAUCUCACCCUCCUAGAACUGGAUUCACAGCUUACAUUGCUCGGUACUGCUCUAUAAUGUCUUCCAUGCUGCUGCAUCUGAGGUCUUAUUACAUGCUGGGAGUUGUAGUUUUGCAACAGCUGGAGGCACCCUGGUUGGGAAACACUGCUCUAGACUUUCGGGGCUGAAAAAUUGUAAGACGGUCGGUUCUUUGCUCCGGCAUAACAAAAAUAAUUCACAAAAAAUAAAAUAAGUUACAUAGAUUCAUAAUGCUCUUAAUAGGUCACUUAAAGGGGUUCUCCACCGUAAGGUGAUUUUAGUAUGUACCUGGCAGACAGUAAUGGACAUGCUUAGGAAGGAUCUGCGCUUGUCUUGAGGCUAAAUGGCUAUGUUGUGAGAUUACCAUAAAGCUGUUGCUAUCUUUUUGGGAACUGGCUAUUUCCUGUUGGAGUUC